CCCAGAUUCUGACUGCCGUACCAGCGGAAAUUUACACCUGUUUUCUCAGGACACGUUUGGGUACACGCCAUGCACGCAGUGGUCUACGAAACGGCCACCACACCAGACACUGUUCCUACGACCCCAACCUCAACCGUGUGAGUUUUGAACAUGGCCGACGUCAAACAGGAACCCCCACGGACUAUUGACAGUAUCCUAGAACUACUUGGCAGUCUGGGACGCUAUCAGCUGUUUCAAGCGGUUCUGCUAUGUAUUGGAAACUUAACAAUAUGUUUCCAUCUCCUUAACUUCGUGUUCAUAGCUCAGACCGUGAAACAACAGUGUGAAGUGACGCCGCUUUAUGGCAACAACAGCAACACUAACUACGGCACCUGUGACGUGUCAGUACAAAACACCACCACCAACGUCACCUCAACACAUACUUGUAGUGCCUGGACAUAUGAUGUGCAGAAAGAUCAUUCCAUUGUGUCGGAGUGGGAUCUCGUGUGCGGGAAUGUCUUCUUCGCCCGCCUCCCACAGUCUCUCUUCAUCGUAGGGCAGGGGGUUGGCGCAGCAACUGUCUCGGGGAUGUCAGACAAAUUCGGGAGGAAACCGUUUCUGCUAUUGUCACACAUAUUGACCGCCGGCGCCGGUCUUGCUUUAGCCUUCUCUCCGAAUAUCGCAGCCUUUUCUGCUCUGCGAUUGGUGAAUGGCAUUUUUCAACAGGGCAUUGUUGUGUGUACAUACACCAUGAUCAUGGAGACAUUUCCAAGAAGCAAACGUAUUGAAAUAUCCACAUUCUAUACCUUAUCGUGGAAUUUCAGCACGAUACUCCUCACAGGGACGGCCUACUUGUUACGUGAUAUGGACUGGAGAACUCUGCAACUCUGUUUCGUGUCUGUUUCCAUCAGUGUCUUUCUUCAAAUCUUCUUUAUGGCGGAGUCCCUGAGAUGGUUGAUCACGAACAAAAAGGUCAAAAGAGCAAUGGCGUUGUUCAAAAGAGUGGCGAAGACGAACCGCCUUGACGUGACUGACGUUCAACUUCCAGGUAUAGACAUUACGCAAACACCCGUUGACCUGAGCAGCACCAAGAGUAAAUACGUGGAAACGCCACCAGAGAAACAGCCCGAAGUAGUAAAAUACAGCUGCCUUGACUUGGUGCGGACCAAGUUUAUGUUGAAGAUAUGUGCUGUCGUGUGGUUCUCCUGGCUAGUUGACAGCUUGACGUACUUCAGCCUCUACCUGACAUCCUCCUCCCUGCAUGAUGAUCAAUACCUGAACUUCUUUCUCAACUCUCUGGCUGGAGUGCCAUCGGGUCCACUUUUCUGGUUUGUCGGAAGGAGGUGGGGGAGGAGAGUUUUUUUCAUGUCUUUCCACGUACUUGCCGGUGUGUGUCUUCUUUUGGCCACAACGGUCCGGGCAUUUGCGGUUGGACAAGCAGCAUCAGUAACGGCUACAGUCUUGGCCUUCGUGGGGAAAAUUGGUAACAGUGCCUGUUUCAAUGCUAUGUUUGUGUAUGCGCCCGAGAUCUAUCCGACAAACCUCAGAUCGGCCGGUAUGGGAUCUGGUUCCACAGCUGCUAGGGUUGGAGGGAUGAUCGCGCCUUUUAUAUCCAUUCUUGCAGAAAUUGUACCCUGGGCUCCUGGAACUAUUUUCGGGAUAGCCUGUUUGGUAACAGCCGCGCUUAAUUAUAUGCUUCCUGAAGCAGAGGGGCGAGAACUUCCCCAGACAAUAGAGGACGUCAAGGCAUGGGGUAAAGCGCCUGCAAGAGGUUAACGUCACUUCAAUUAAACAAAGAUGUACACGUUUGAAUAAUAUCCCCAGAUACAGCCGAGGUGCGGACAUUUCUUAACCUCUUCUGAAGUUUGUAUACAUGAACGCUCUUCAGAGUUGCCAUGUUAUGCAAUUACUUCUGUCCAUAUCCAUAUUCUGAAACGUGUGUAAAGACAGUCGAAUAAAGAUACCUAAACCAUCA